GGUCUCCGGGGGACGGGGUGGGCCGCCGCUGGCCAGGCCCCAGCGAGGCUCCUGCUGUCUAAGUCAGGUCCCGAGCAGUCCAGGGCUCCCGCGAGCGUACGGGGAUGAGCGCGUCCCUGGGCCGGGCGGCGGCGGCGGCUCUGCUCCGCUGGGGGCGCGGCGUAGGCGGUGGUCUGUGGGUCCCGGGCGUGCGGGCGGCGAGCUCGGGCGGGAGCGGCUCAGCGGAGCAUCUGGACACGCUGGUGAAGAAGGACAAGGUGGUGGUCUUCCUCAAGGGGACGCCAGAGCAGCCCCAGUGUGGCUUCAGCAACGCCGUGGUGCAGAUCCUGCGGCUGCACGGCGUCCGCGACUACGCGGCCUACAACGUGCUGGACGACCCCCAGCUCCGGCAAGGCAUUAAAGACUAUUCCAACUGGCCCACCAUCCCGCAAGUGUACCUCAACGGCGAGUUCGUGGGGGGCUGUGACAUUCUUCUGCAGAUGCACCAGAACGGGGACCUGGUGGAAGAGCUGAAAAAGCUGGGGAUCCGCUCCGCCCUUUUAGAUGAAAAGACAGACCAAGACUCGAAGUGAGGGUGGCCCCGGGCGAGGGAGCCCCUGGGGUCAGAGACUCACUGCCAGAAAAGCCUUACCGAUUUGGGUGUCCCCCUUCAGACAGCUGCUUUGCACUGAUUCUUCCAGUUUGUAAGCAGCCCAGUGAUUUUAGGGUGUCUGGGGUUUGGGGCAAAGAAUAACUUCUUGUGAACGUAAUUGUAACCACUGCACUGUAAUUAAUCACCAACACUGGCGGUGUUAGGAGAUUGCUGUAGACACAAUUCCUUCUUGUGUUGUCCUGUGUUCUGUGCCUGAUUCCGAAUCAUUGUUACCAUUCACGAGUCUUCUGCAGAUGUGUCAGUCCACAGAGAUAAUAGAUCCCUCUCCUCUGAUUUUUUGUAACUUGUUCUGUAAGAAAAUGAUGGACAAGGAAGAACAUAUGAUAACCGGGCUGUUGUUUUUUAAAUAAACCAAUCCAGGGAUACCGUG